UAAAAUUGGAUGUAAUUAUAAAAAAAUGCCUCCAAAAAAGGAAAAGAAGAAGAAAAUUGCCAUAAUCGCUCAGCCUUUUGGAAUGACUUAUGAAGAGAAAGAAUGUUUCGAAAUAUCUGUAAGUUCUCUCAAACAUCAGAUUGAUAGAAGGAAGAGCUUUAUCAAAGAAAUUGAUGAAUCUUCUAAAGAUUUUCAGAAAGAAUUCGAAAAAGAAAAACAGGAUAAAGAUGACACAAUUUCAUUUUUAAACCUUACAGUCGAAGAAGGGAAAGAGAGAAUUAAACAACUACGCGAAGAACUUUUCAAUCGUACAAAACAACACGCGUGGGACAAAGAGGAGCUAAAAAAUAGUAGCAUAGAUGCAAAAGAAAAGUUGCAAAUAAAAUUAGAUGCCUUAAAAAUAGAAAACAAUGCAUUAAAUGAAGAGCUUCGCACUUUGCAAGAAUUUGAAGAAAACAGGUUUAAAAUAGAAGAAGAAAUAAAAUUUCUAAAAGAAAGCAUUAAUGAAGACAGUGCAAAAUUCAUAAAAGAAAAGGAAAAUUUGGAACGACAAACAAUGUUAGAGAACGACAAAUUGAAAAGUGACGUUUUUAAGAAAGUAGAAGAGGUCGGAGAAAAAUUUCGAAGCAUCUAUAACCAACGUACUGCAGAAAAUAUUCUCUUGGCUCUUCGCGAGAAUCUUCGAAUGGAUAUGGAAAGAAAAGAACUAGAGGUAAAGUUAACGCAGACGAAAAAUGAAAUUUCCGAACUGAAAAACACGAAAAAUCAACUGUGUGAAAGCUUAAAUACUUAUUCAGAAACUGCUGACAAAGAAGGUUUUAGAUAUCGUCUCCAAUUGAUAGCAUGGAAAAGAUUAAAAGAAAAGUGUCGUAUUCAAGAUGAGAAACUUAAACAAAUGUCAGAAUGCCAGAAGGAACAUUCGAAUAUGGUCGACACGGUUAAGAAGUUGAAAGAAAAUACAGCAAACGGAGAAAGAAAACUAUCGUAUUUGAUUAAAGAAGAAGAAAAUCUGAUACAACGUAAAGAUAAAAUUAGAGAGGAGCUAAACAAAGUAGAAAACGAAAGAAUCGGUUUAGUAUCUGUUAUUAAAGACGUUGUGGAAAGUAGUAAACAGGGAACGAAUUAUGUUCAAGAUACCGAAGAAGAUAUUAUUGAAUAUUUGGGUAAAAGGCAGAUUAUGUUGAAACAACAAAAAGAAAUUCUGGAAACAGCAACAAAAUUAACGAACAUUAAUGAUUUUGAUGAACUGAUAUGGAUGCAACAUCAAGUUAAUAUGCCGUAUCCCAAAUCGUUCGAAGUAGAUAAAGCACCUUUGAUGCAAUCCUUGGGUGAUUUGGGAUUCGUUCCGUAAUUAUCAAAAGUAAACUUAUAUUUAUGAUCAUUUAUAUUAAUAUUUGUAGUGGAUUAAUAAUUAUUAUGUAUUUAAAUAAUAAAAAUUUAAUAUUUAAAAGACUUUUCCUUUUCCUUCUGUUAUGGGAAAGUAUGGCGAUCGGUUAAAAAUGUCCCCCAAGUAGUUUUAGUCUCAAGUUUGUGCCCGAUAAACGAGCUGGCAGCAUGGAGUUUCCUUUCUUUUCUUUUUUUUAACCUGACAAAUAAGGAUGCCAGGCUCUGGGAAACGUGAAACAGAAUCUGAGCGAGCUUCUUUGAAGGAUUUUUCACUUGUAGUCUGUCCUGGAAUGUCGGGCCUCGUUCCAUCCGGCCGCCAAAUUGUGAGCUUGAUCGAAUUCACGUGAAUAAUAGAAGAAAAAAAUGGUGCUUGGCUUAUCUUUUAACAAUAUUCUUAAGUACUGAACUCAGUAUGUAGAUAAACUGAUUUUGAAUAUGUGGAUUUGGUUAUUUAGUAGCCUACACUGCGUUAGUAUGU